AUGACUGAAAAGUUAUGUCCCGAGAAGCUCAUUGAUGUAUUGGACAUUCCUCUUAUAAUAUUGAAUAUCAUUCGAGACCAGGAUGAUCUCAUCUACACAGGUGUCGCCAAUGCCUACCUACUAAAGAUCGUUGGUACAUCCUCAGAUAACCUUAUAGAAUCUAUCAUUGGAAUGCCAUCGCCUCCAUCCUCACCCACAUUCCUUCCCACAACAUUGUCGUCGUCACGUGUUCGAUCACCAGACACAUUGUCGAGUGAAUUUUCUCAACUGCCCACACCUUCAACACUUCCACAUGCCCGACCUCAUCGUAGGCCGUCGAUCAAGGGUGGUUUCAUUGUCAACAAGUUCGACCCAAUCAUUGCAAUCGACUUUAAAAAGUCUUACCAACUAAACAAUGGCAUCGUUAGCGAGGAGACAACUUCACUGAUCGAGUGCAUUCAAUCAGCCUUUCUCGACGGACACCGUGUCGAGAUGCCAGUGUUUGUCAGCAAUCUCACCACAAACCGACAGUACUCUGCAACAAUGGUCGUUUCACCAUUUUUAAAUGGCUGCGCCUGUUGCUUCCAACAAAUAGAGGAGAAGGUGGAGCUCCCCGAGAUUGAGCCCGUCAGCAUCCCCACUCCUACAGCGGUCUUCCACUCCCCCCUCGUUCGCGCCUACUACGACAUGCUGGACUACGUGUGCAAAGACCUACCGGUGAUCAUAUGGCGCACAAACUCUGCUGGCGAAAUAUCUGGCUUCAAGAAGAUGGACAGUGUUAAGUGUCUGGCCGAUCGAUUACCGGAUGGCGUGUGCAAGGGCAAGACAAUCGACGACUUUGUCAACUGGGUACCAAGCUCACUGAACGAUCAAUUCAAGGACACCUUUACAAACGAGAUUGCCAACAACGACGUCAAGAUUCACUUUCUCUACUGGUUCCUUACACCAGAGGAGCAUUACCCAAUGCUCUACGUCUUUAGAGGCUUUGCAAUCAAAGAGGCAGAUAACAACGUUGGUUGGGUUGGCAUGUCCUACAGCUAUCUUAUGAAUGAAGGUCCACACAUCGCAAUCAAGUCCCAAUACAAUCUGGAGUUCCUCUGUCAGCGAGUCAAGACUCUGUGUGAAGCCCCAGACAAGCUCAAGCUCGACUAUGAGGACAUCAGCUCAGGUUCAUCGUUUGAGCACUUUAUGCAAACUGGAAAGAUAUCGCUGUCCAACGAAGAACAUUCAACAUUCCUCAUGGCCAGGGAGAGAUACAAUGUACUAUUUAGACUGAGCCUCUUGGGUGUGAUGUUUUCUACAUUGUCUGGAACUAUUGUUGAUGCAAACGAUGCAUUACUAUCCAUCAUAGGAUAUAGUAGAUCAGAGUUGGAGCAAGGACAGGUCAACUGGAUGAAGUUGACUCCACCAGAGUUUAGCGAGAUAUCUGCAAGGGCUCUGCUUGAGCUAAAGGCAAAGCGUUGGUGCCAACCAAUCGAGAAGGCAUACACACACAAGAGUGGCAAGAGAGUUCCCAUUCUCGUAACAGCGGUCAUGAUUGAUGGUAGCUCAGAACAAUGCAUCACGUUUGUCUUUGACCUUAGUCGCUAUAGACAGGCUGAGGAGUCUGCCAUCCAGGCCACCAAUCUAAAGACUCAGUUCUUGGCCAACAUCAGUCACGAGUUACGAACACCAUGCCACGGAAUAUUGGGCAUGUCACAAAUGCUUCUGGAUUCCAAGUUGAACGACCCACAACGUGACUGCGCCGAGACUAUCAAACGAUCCACCGAUACACUCAUCACGUUGAUCAAUGACAUGUUGGACUUUUCAAAGAUCGAGUCGGGCAAUAUGACAUUGGAGCUUGCAGAGUUUCAACUGGUGCCAAUGAUCGAGGAGAUUAUUGAUCUGCACAGCGAGGCCGCCAACAAGAAGGACAUUGAUGUAUACUUUGUUAUGAGCAGGGACCAUCCGGUGCCACCUGUGCUCAUUGGCGACCGUCGACGUAUCCUUCAGGUAUUGGUCAAGGUGGUGUCCAAUGCAGUCAAGUUCACCGAGAGAGGACAUGUUCUCAUUGAAGUAUCGACCGAGUACGAAUGUGGUGAUCAGAUAUCGUUGCGAUUCUCAGUGAUCGACACUGGCAUUGGCAUAUCGGAUGCCAACAUGAAGCAGAUCUUCACGCCAUUCUGUCAGGCCGAUGGUUCAAGCUCAAGGAGACAUGGAGGCACUGGUCUCAGUUUGUCCUAUUGCAAGAACCUCAUCAAUCUCAUGUCUGGCACCCUUCACUUUGAAAGUCAGCUCGGACAGGGAACCAACUUUUCCUUUUCACUCAAACUGUUGCUUGGCUCUCCUACAUACCUUCCAACAGAUGUACCAGCGGCCAAUCAAUUCUUUUAUCCAGAGUACAAGCCCUUCAAAUCGGAAUGUAAAAUGGUGUUGUUGGUCGAAUCGAACGAACAUGCAUGUACCUCAAUCAAGACAGUUUUGAAGACUCUUGGCUAUAUCUACAAGAUUUGCCAAAGCAUUGAUAUGGCCAUCGAUCAAUUCAAGCAAGCCAAACAAUCUCAAUCACCAUUCGAUAUUGUCAUUGCCUCUGACUCGUCUGGUAACAUUCGAACACUGCUAGCAUUGAUCACCACAGAGAAGGUGAUCGUAUAUGGAUCAGAGAGCAGAGCGGCAGCACUGGCGGACCACCAAUACAUCUCGUCCUUCCUGGUCAAGCCACUCAAACCAACCAAACUGAUAACGGCUAUACUCAAGUAUCACCAGCCAAGCAAUGUUCAAAAGAACAACCACAACAAUAACAACAUCAACAACAUCAACAACAACAACAAUAGCAAUAACAAUGUAUCCGAUAACCAAGGCAAUACCAAGUGUAUAUUAGUUGCUGAGGACAACAAGACGAAUGAAAAGGUGAUCACAGCACAUCUGACAAAGCUUGGCUUCCAGAGUUUGGUCUGUGCCAAUGGUCAAAAGAUAUUGGACGCAAUUGCAAUGGAGAACCAACAGUUUAGUCUCAUUCUUAUGGAUUGUCAAAUGCCUGUCAUGGAUGGCUUUGUCUGCUCAAGGAUCAUCAGAGAGCUAGAGCCCAAUGGACAGAGAAUACCAAUCAUUGCAAUGACUGCCAACAACUCUGAGGAUCAGUGCAAGGCAGCUGGCAUGGAUGACUAUCUUGCGAAACCUGUCAAGAUGGAAUCACUCAAGAAUACUAUAUCUCAGUGGUUACCAAAAGAUGAUGUGGUACACAGCUUCUAUCCAAGAGACGGUUCACCUUCCUAUAGUCAAUUUGCUGCUAGUUUAUAG